AUGGUAAAUAAACACCUAAGAAGUGUAUGUAUACAGCUUCCUAACAAUCCUAGAGGACAAGCUCCUACAACUUCUGUUGAUGGUCUCUCUAAUAAUUCUGAGUAUUAUGCGAGACCAUAUCACAAGAGAAGUGCAGUGGCCCCACCUUCAGGCGCCCAUUGGGUUCAACGCCAGAAGAUGUCACAUCCAACAACUACUCAUCAUUCAAUGCCAAUCCGAUUCCCCACAAAACCAGCUGCUUCUGUAACAGCCAAUCUUGCUCAUCCUUCCAUACCAAUCUACCAAUCACAAUCACAAACUCAACAACGUGUUCGUGCUCUUAUGCAUCCAUCUAUACCUUACACAUCAAAUUUUAGACCUCGUGUUCCUAUGACAGCUACUCCUAGUCCUACAGUCUCUCAUAUUACAUGGAAAGAUCCUGAGACAAGUCCUCCUGAAUUGACAAAAUAUAAAUGCUUGCUAUGCAAGAGGGAUCUUUCAUUAACAUCAGAAGGUGCAGUAUACCAGCCUACAGCACCACCAGCAGUUGCUGUUCUUCCUUGUGGCCAUACUUUUCAUGAUCAAUGUUUGCAAAAAAUCACUCCUCAAGACCAAGCAAAAGAUCCGCCUUGCAUUCCUUGCGCCAUUGGUGAAAAUUAGGUCCCAUCUCUAACCCUACUUUUUAUGGGUCCUUAUAUAAAUAUAUACAUAUUAAACGUAUAGAUAGAUGAUGAUAUUUGAGAUCAAUUGGAUGAUUUUUGUUCUAAUCACAUAACUCAAAACUCUGCUAAACUGGUAGAGAACUGAAAAGAUUUGAUUUAGAC